GACGUCCUCCACUCAGCUAAUUAACUGAAAGGUGGAUAAAAAAAAAAAAAAAAGUGUCAGUCUGGUUGUGUCUGAGGUCCAUUAGUCAUGGUAGCUCAUCUCUGUCUAGGUCUUGUGGUCUUGGCUGUCUUAGCAACAGCUGUUGCUGACCCAGAUAUCAAAGUGGUCUGUGCAAAAGACUCUGUGCGAGUGACAUGGAGGGUAGCCCCCCAGUUCGUCCCAUACGCAGCUCGAUUCUUCCUUGGAAGCUGCAUGCCGUCGUCGUGGAAAGUUCUGCCCACCGGAGAGGGAUUGGCACAUUUUAACUACAAAUUCUAUGAUUGCAAGUUUACCAAGCAGCUGAAGGGAAAACGCAUAAUAUAUCAAAACGAACUGAGCUUCAGGCCACAAGCAAAACCUAAGCCUGUUGCCUUCAAGUAUCCCAUCCAAUGUGUCCAGAAACGACCUGAAGGAAGAAUCCCCCAGUUCCUGAAUCCUGGCUCAGGUGUUUCUGAGGGACGCAGUAAGCUAGUCUUUCAUAUGGCUCUCCUGAAUGAGCAAUUAACGGGCGUCUCGAAGACAAAUGUGAUUCCCCUCGGCUCAUUCCUACCAAUCUGGGCAGCUGUGGAGCAGAAGUCCCAUCAGCCACUAGUGCUGCUCAUGGAUGAAUGUGUUGCGGCUUCAACCCCAGAACUGGAACCUGGCAACCAACUUUAUCACAUUGUUGGCAAUCAUGGGUGUCUUCUAGAAAGUAAAAGGGGAAGCUCGCUGUUCCUUCCUCGGUACCAUUCAUCUGCCAUAAUUCUCUAUCUCCAGUCAUUUGAGUUUGGGAUGGGAGGAGAGGUAUACAUUCACUGCAAUCUAAUCGUGUGGGAUGGGGAUUAUUUUGAUAAACGCAGGAAGGCUUGCCAUGUGAAAGAUGGGAGGUGGGAGCUGCUUGAUGACCCUGCUCGGAGCUCUCUCUGCAACUGCUGUGAAAACUCUUGUAGUCCUCGCACCAAAAGGGCAACAAGCUGGGAGCCUCACAGCGUGCACUUCAAUUCUGUGUUGGGACCCAUCAUCAUAGUUGACCAGCCAGCCUCUCUGGUAAAUUCUUCACUGCCUGAGACUGAUGCAGCUGGCUCACAGGAAAUUUAAGUUGAAGCUGAACUCCAAGGUGCAGCCUGUGGCACUCUUAAUUUACAAGACUCUGGACACCAGUUUUUUUUUUGUUUUUUUUUUUAUAACCUGAAAUUGCCUGACUUGAUGCUGUUGAAUUUGAAAGGGAAGUUGUAAAAUAAACCCUGUUCUUAUUUUAACCCUUUUUGAUCUUGGUUUAUGGGUGAACAUGUGCAAUGAACUUCACUAGAUUAGCUUAAAUCUUUAAACCGCUAUAUGAAAACUAAGUAUUUCUUCAUCAGUGGAACACAGACUUAUUCAUGGAUUGAAAUCCAGAAUUUUUAUAUAUAUAAUUUUUUUUUUUCUUUUUGUAUUAGCUUAGGGUCAAACCCUAACUUGCAGUAGCAAUGUUCUACAAGACUGGAGUGAGCCUGAAGUGCCACAGCAUAGAUUAGGAGCACCUUAUUUGGACUGAAAUGAAGUUGAGUGGCAAGGUUUUCAGAUAAAAGCUUGCCUUUCAUCUGGAAAUCAAGGUCCUGAAGUGAAACUGAACCCCCGCACCCCCAGGGUCCAACGUCCUCUGUGUUCAAAAGUAGUCUCUAAGGAAAUGUAACAGGACUACUUUCCUUUUCAGCAGGACUUCCCAUACUUGCAGUACCAAAAGCUCAAAUGAUAUUGUUUGACCAGCAACUUGAACUCUAUAUUUGGCGUAUUAAAGAUGAGACAUCAAAACUAAACAUGACUAGAAGGCCACUAUCAAACUAAUCUGGACUUCUGUAUACUUCAGCAAAAAGCACAGGUUUGUCACCUCCAUGCUAUGCUGCAGUCCUGACAAAGUAUAGAAAUUCAGAAGCCUGACAUUGUUUAAAAUAUCCUUUUUUUUUCUUAUGUAAUUUUUUUUGUAAGUCAUGUUACAAGAAAUAGUACUGCAAUAAAUUUCACUUUCUGAAAUGAG